AUGAACAGAACGUCGUUGUCGAGUUGUGCCAGCAGCACGAAGAAAGUUGCUUCUUCUUCUUCUUCGAGAACGUUGACAACAACAUCGACAGGAACUACAACGACAACGACGACAACAAAAACAGCAAGGACAACGACUACGACGACGACGACAACGACGACGACAACAUCCUCCUCGUCUUUGUCGUCAUCGCGAAAUACACGCACGGAAGCUUUCUACGCGAGCGUGAAACCGUUAUCCGCUCGACGUGCGUUGCAUAAUUCUGCCGGCCCAGACCCAGAUGCGAAUUCCGCUCCAAAUUCUUGCGGAACGGCGGAACGAACGAGUAAGAGAUAUCAGACUUCCGGUCGUUCUAAGAAAAAGAACCACGGAAUAAUAACAACAGGGACAACAACGGUUGUUUCAAAUCAAAAUGAUAGCGGUAAAGAGAGGACAACGACUAAUAGUGGUAAAUCGAUCGUACGUGAUUCGUCAGUAACGUACGUGCCAACUAUUUCAAGGAAAGAAAUACUCAAGAGAAGUUCUAACAAAGACAGUGAUAGAUACAGCGGUAAGAGAUUUACCGAUAGCCUUCAGCGACAUUGUUGGAUAAGUUCUGCGACGAUCGAGAUCGACCAAGAUGAAGAAGGUGCUAGACCAAAGACUCUUCCAUCGAUGGGAAGAAGGUUACGUGCUGAGAGAGACUUCAAACAAGUCUCUAGACGAGAUAUCCUACGAAGGAGAGACAGCGUUGACGUUGUUACGUUUCGAGCGACCUCCCACGGAGGUUCAACUAGACUUAAUGGAAAUAAUAGUGUCUAUGGGAAAGAAUAUAUCGAGGUAAAAGGUAACACGAUUGGAUCUAACUCUAGUACAUCGUCGACAAGUGUUUCAAAUGACACCAGGUCAAGAGCACCACGAUCAACUGUCUCCCUGCAACGUUCUGGGUGGGGUAAAGAUGACGAAGAACUUGAUUCUAGAUCCCCGACUGAUUCCGAUCUCUUAACAGUUAACAUCUCCUCGUUUCGGGACAUUAACCGCGACCUUGUACCACGAUCAUCGACCUUGCCCAAGAUCCUACACGCUUCGAGAUCCGCCCAUGGUCACAGUAACGAGGAUUGGUACUAUAGACCGGAUCCUAUUAAAAAAGAACCACCUGUCUAUGGUAGAAUUAGAAGAAGAAAAACAUCCUUACCUGUUGCACCUUCUUUCGAGGAUUCCUCAAAUAUGAGCACUUUGUCCAGGUAUACGAAAGCUCGUAAAAAUUCACAUGGUUCUCGAUCAAACACCUUGUCAACCUAUUCUAAUAUUGGUAAAAUCAAUAGACGUUUGGGCAAUCAUUCUCUUAACGAUGGUUUUACUUAUCGAACUAAAUCGGAAUCGAAUCUUAUGGAUACUAGUAUAAGGAGCACGGAUAUGAGAAAAAGUGAGAUUUACGCUAAAGUAUCUCGAAAAACUGGCAUAUCUCGUGAAGUUGAAAAAAAUGAGCCGGAAAUUAGUGGUCAAGCUAUGUCUAGAAGAAGGAUUAUUCAAAAUACUACACAAUCCGAAUCUUUGGAUAGAAGAAGAGUAUCUCGGAAGGCAAGUUCGGAAAAAAUGUAUGUACGUUCGAAUGUAACUUCGAACGAUCGUCAUAGCGAAUAUUCGAGAUACGACGAUUUAAUGGGUCGAGAACGACGAGAGUUAUGUAGAACAUCGAUAAUCGAUAUUAGGAACGAUAAUCAUCAAUCGGAUUAUUAUUCAUCUUGGCAUAAAAUACACGAUGGCAAAUACAGAUCUAAAUCACAGAACAGAUUAAUGGAAAUUCGUAAUUCCAAUCGUGAACAUUUGUCGUCGUGCGCUUCAACGAUGAUUAACAGAUUGUCAAAUACUCUUCCAAGUUACGUUAAAACAUCGAGAAAGUUUUCUUCCAAUUCGAGCGUGUCCGUUCGCGGUGCGCGUAUCACCGAUCCAAAAAAUUUCGACGAUCGAAAACGAUUAUUAUCGAGAGAAACUGGAACAUUGUCGAAGUUAACGAAGGAGAGAUCGAAUUGCCUGAAGAAAUCGGCAGUCGGUAUGCUUGCCACCACUUUUGCUUCUGCUCCUGUUGCUGUUCCUGCUGCUCAUACGAGGAAUCGUAGCGAGACCGAUGCCAUAGCUCGUAAUAAAUCGUCCUCUACUAUCACCACGACGAGUUCAUCGAUUUUUGGAUUUUGUACGGGAAAGAGAAGAGUUCACGCAAGAGAAACGAAUAAAGAAAAAACUAAGAAUGCUGAAUUUUCUUAUCCUCGUUGGCAUUUAAAAACGGGUGAAUUGGUGUGGUUCGACCCCGGUGUCGGCCAUGUUUUACCAGGUGAAGUUUUGGAAUAUCAUAGGGCUGCCAACGUUCUUUCGGUACAAGCAGUUAUUGCUGGCAAGAAGAUUAAAAAGAUUGGGAAGGGGGGAAGGGAAGAUAGGGAUUAUUCGGAGUAUAAAAAAUGUGGGAAGAAAGGUCAAAUUUCGUUCGGAUUGAAGGAUACCAAAGUCAAGGUUACGGAGAAAUCAGUAACACCUGGUUCACCUUAA